GCGGCAUUUUAUAUUAGGCUGCACUUCAAUCAGUUUAUUAGAGCUAGCCAAUGAAAUUUGAUGAACAUGGAUUUGCCCAGAAUGGGCCACUAAUUGCCGUCGGCGUGGGUUUCGGCAGGACAGGUACCAACAGCCUUCAAGUGGCACUGCAAACGUUAUACAACCAACCAUGCUAUCAUGGAUUUGAGUUGAUAACCAAACGACGAUCGGAUUGCAAGUUAUGGGCAAAACUGGUGAAGCAACUGUUUGAACAACCUGAGGUGCAAAUGGACCCGGAGUGGUUUUAUCACCUGUACCGUGGGUAUCGUUGUGCAACUGAUGUCCCUUCGUUUCUCUUCUACAAGCAACUCUUAAACAUUUAUCCGGAAGCAAAGUUCAUCCUCACCAUCCGUGAUACUAAGGGAUGGCUUGACAGCGCUAAGUCAACCAUUAUGCCGCGCGGUGGAUAUCCAAAUAAAGAUUGGGCUGAGCGAUUCAUCAGCAGCAUACAUUUCGGGUCAGAUUUUCUUCCAAUGCUCGAGUACAUUGUCGGACGCUUGUGUGGAAAAAGUAGUGACAAGGUUGACGACGAAACAUUGAUAGAAGUCUAUGAGAAGUGGAAUAGGGAAGUAAUCGAAGCAAUUCCAGCAGACAGACUCCUCCUGUUUGAUGUCAAGCAAGGAUGGGAACCACUUUGCGCAUUUCUUGGUCAACCGGUACCUAAGAAGCCAUUUCCAAAACUGAACGCAAGAUGGUUGAUCUCAUCAUUGUGGAAAAAUAUUUAUUUAUUAUCCUUGCUCCUGAAAUACGGAGUACCAAUUCUUGUUCCCUUCUUAAUGGCAAUUGGCGUUUGGCACUGGGUAAUUUGAAUUCCUCGGAGGAGUCUUCCAUUUUGUAAUCUGUAUCCGUGACGCAUUUUGAACCUUAUUCGACUGUCGAAAUUCACGCUUAUAGCUCUUGCUAUUUAAAAUGGAGUGUCAACGUGCUUUUUUAUGCAUACACCUAAUCAAUACAAUUAAUUCAGUAA